AUGGUACGUUGGGUUGGAACUGCAAAAAGGUAUCAUCGCAAACGUUGUAUAAAUAGACGAUUUCUAUUAAUCAUUAUUUUUAUUCUAGCUGUAUUAACAUUUCUGUUACCGUAUUUAUCUGAAGAUGGGCAUGAUAAUCGAAUCUCACCUCUGAGAACUACUACUACUAAUGAUGAUGAUGGCGAGGUAGAUAUUAAUACAGGUGUAAAGUCACCUAUAGAAGUACAGGGAGGUAAUGAGGAAAUGAAUCGAUAUUGCCCUCUUACAACGACAGAGGAAAUGCAAAAGCGGUUGGGAAAUAUACUUCAUAUUGGAGUACCUCAUAAAAAAAUAAAUGGAGAAAAUCUUUUGGUACCAAAACGACAACAAAAUGAAAAACCUCAAUUGUUUUUACAAGGAGUUGUUCGUUUACCAUUAUCAUUUUGGAGUACUGGAUGGAAUUGCUUAAUGGCAUGGGAUCCGGAUGAACAGUGUGUUAUUGCCGCACAAUCCUUUAUCACUUUUGACAGUAUUAGAAAAAAAACGGAAUAUGGUGUGGUACCGUACACUUUACACCGUACAUGGAAUAGUGAUGAUUAUUAUAAUAUUCAAUGGAAUUUAAAGAAGGAAUUAAUCUUUCACAUCCCAUCGUUAUGUAUCCGUGGUAUUCCUUGUCCUGUUAUAGUGGAAGUAACAUCACACUUAAAUCAUCUUUUCAACUUAACGGCUACAAUGGACCCAAGAGGACGUCCGGAUAAUGGGAUAGAGUAUCAUCGUCUUUCAAAGGAGAUUGAAAUUUUCUAUGGACGCGGUAGUUUUUGGCUGAUGGAUUAUGGAAAUGAUGAUGAUGAUGAAGAAAAAGGUACAAGAAUAACAGACCGUGUGCGUACUUUAUUACGUCAAAAAAUCCCUACUUCAAGAAAAACUAAACCAGUGCAUAGAUCACCUUAUGCAGCGCAUUAUUAUUUUGAACGUCAUAUUUUACUGAACUUACCUCCUGCAAUUCCUGAGAAAAUUGAGCAUCAUGUAGUUUCCAUUUACCACGAUAAUAGUCAUAUCACUUUUGACAUUUCAUCACAUUGGCUCUCCAGAAAAUUAUCUGAAUUACCACAAAUAAAUAGUGUUGAGACGUUUUUACAGUUUUUUUCGGCUAUUAAGAAAGAAGAAAAAGAAAAAGAAGAGGGAAAUGUUUGUGUCGCAGUUGUGACAACUUUUCUAGAGCUGCGACAGCCUUUAUCAUUUUUCAAUUCGGAAGCAGUAAUCAUCCCAUCAGGGUGUACGGUUUUAUUUAAGGCUAAUGCAGGUUUAAUAGUUGGUCCAGAUGUUAAACUUUACAUUUCUGGUAAUAUUAAAAAACGUUCACUACUAACGUCUGCUUUACCUGGUGAACACUGGGGUGGGAUUAUUGUUGAGGCGGGUGGUGUUCUCAGGAUAGAGGAAACUACUGUAGCACUUACAGGAUCAGUAGGGCAAAAACGUCGCAAAGGGACAGGAUCACAUGUAACGUACGCAGCUCCAGCUAUUACAGCUGUGGGAAGUGAUAUCAAGACAGAAAAGGUUAGAGUUGCAGAAGUUUUUAUAAACAACUCAGCUUUUAUAAACUGUGCAGGUCCUGUUUUUGGUGCUGGUUAUCGUGCUCAGAUUCUAAUAGCUAAUACCUUAUUUCAAGAUGUGGCACAAGGUGGGGAGUGUGUGGAAUGUGAGUCACAAAUGGAAAGGGUACAUAUUCUGGAUGUGCCGUAUGAAUCUGAGAUUCUUCUUCGUAGUUCUACUACAGCUAAACAUGAGAAGGAAAAAGAGAUACAAAAUAGUCUUUAUGUGGAUGGUGAUAAUGAUGGACUUUAUUUACGAGGUGGGAAAGUUCAAUUACAACGUGUAGUAGUGAUGAAUACACUUGAUGACUGUAUUGACAGCGCAAGUAGUGCUUCAAAAAGUGUAGAUGAUAAAAUUAAAGACUCUACACAGUUGACAAUUGAUGGUAACGUUUUACAAAAUUGUCUUCACGAGGGUAUUGCACUAAGUUCUAGUGCAGGCACACUUCGUGAGGUAAUUGUAAAAAAUACCAUUAUAUCUGAUGUACAACAAGGUGUAGAGAAUGGACACAGUGAUUCAGGUCAUCAAGCAUUUCUGAAUGACGUUCUAUUUCGACGCACUCAAGUUGCUUUGCGACACGGUGAUAACUAUCCUCUUCCUGUUGAAGGACGAAUUUUAGUGGCUAACACAAUUUUUGUAAAUAACAGUAUAAAUGUGUUAAGUGAGGAAUUUGCGCAGAGUUCACCCAAAGGGUGGUCAAAUCCAUUCAUUGACCCUUAUCCUUUUUCAGAACAGCGCAUUACGCUGGUUAAUUGCACGGAAGAGAGCUUCCCGACUAAGUUAUACGAGUUUCCUCAACUACAUUGCUGGUCUUUGCAAGAUGAGGAAAAGGGUGAAAAAUGCCAUAGUGAAAGACAGAACGGAUUUAAUCCGAUACUUUGUGGAAGGAGGCAUUAUAAAGUUUGA